AAAGUACUUAUACCCUCCCCUUCAAAUUAAUUCGUUCUUCUUCCCGCCAUCACCUACAAUCAAAAAAUAUACCCAGAGUACAAAUCAUCCUCACACGACAGCAACAUGUCUGCUCGUUCAGGUUUCGAAUUGACUGAUAGAGCUCAACAAGCUUUAUCAAAUGCUCUUCAAUUAGCAAAAGACUAUGCUCAUGCAAAUUUAUACCCCGUCCAUAUCGCUUUAGCUUUGCUCACAGAAGAUUCAGCAAAUUUACAACAACAACAAGGCUCCAUUCCAGGAGGAUCAACACCAUCCAGACCUGGAACGCCAGCCACUCCUGCCCGUGCUGCAGGCAAUCAAUCAUUAUUCAGAAGCGUUUUGAGUAAAGCAGGCGCUGACAGCUUCAAGUUAGAAAAUUCUUUACGUGAAGCUUUACGCAAGAUUCCCUCUCAAAGCCCUGCUCCUGACGAGGUGAGUCUUUCAUCAGCAGCAAGCAAAUUGUUGAAGAAAGCAGAAGAUCUCAAAACAUCACAACAUGAUGCCUACAUCGCUCAAGAUCAUUUGCUCUUGGCACUCAUGGACGAUGCAAGUGUCAAGCCACUCCUUCAACAAGCUGGUUUGGCAAAUGAUCAAUUACUCAAAACUGCCAUCCUCCAAUCUCGUGGUCAAAGAAGGAUCGAUAGCAAAAGUGCAGAAGCAGGAUUCGAAGCUCUUCAAAAGUACUGCGUCGAUUUAACAGAUAUGGCAGCCGAAGGCAAAUUGGAUCCCGUCAUCGGAAGAGAUGCGGAAAUUCGACGUGUGAUCCGAGUUUUGUCUAGACGACGAAAGAACUGCGCUUGCUUGGUCGGUGAAGCAGGUGUGGGAAAAACUGCAAUUGCAGAAGGAUUGGCACAAAGAAUCAUCGAGAGAGAUUGUCCUCCAAGUCUCCUUGGUCGUCUCUUGUCACUCGAUUUGGGUGCCUUGAUGGCUGGUGCAUCAUACAAGGGAGAAUACGAAGAACGUGUGAAAUCGGUCAUCAAUGAAUUGGAAAAGGCAGCCGAUGAUGGAACAAUCGUCAUCUUGUUUAUUGAUGAAAUGCACUUGAUCGUCUCGGGCGGCGGUUCAUCUGGAAUGGAUGCUGCCAAUCUCUUCAAACCAGCUUUGGCACGUGGUAAGAUUAAGGUUAUCGGUGCAACAACAUUGCGAGAGUACAAGACCGCAAUCGAAAAGGAUGCUGCUUUGGACCGUAGAUUCCAAAGUGUGUUUGUUAACGAACCUGAUGAACAAGCCACUUUGGCAAUCUUGCGAGGUGUGCGUGAAAAGUAUGAGAUUCAUGCCGGUGUUCGCAUUCUCGAUUCAAGUUUGGUAUCUGCAGUUCAAUUGGCAAAACGUUAUUUGCCAUACAGACAUGCUCCCGACAGUGCUUUAGAUUUGAUUGAUGAAGCAUGUGCGGAAGUCGCAACAAAUAGGGAUACGCUUCCAGAAGAGUUGGACAAACUUCAAAGACACAAAAUGCAACUCGAAGUUGCCAUUCACGCUUUGGAACGUGAAAAGGACAAAGCAAGCAAGGAAUCGUUAGAGGCGACCAAACGUGAACUAGCAACUUUGGAAGAUGAGCUCGGACCAAAGAUGGCUGAGCAUGAAGCUGAAAAAAGCAAACAUGACGAAUUGGCAAAUGCACGUAGACGAUUGGAGGAUGUUCGAAGCAAAGCCGAUGCUGCUGAAAGACGAUAUGACGUCCAAACAUCCGCAGAUCUGCGCUACUACGCCAUUCCCGAUUUAGAAGCACGCAUCAAGCAACUAGAGGAAGAAGAAAGACGCAAAGCAGAAAAGGGAGAAGUUGAUGCCAAUACGACAGUCACACCAGAAGUUGUUGCAACAGUUGUCGCCCGCUGGACAGGGAUCCCAGUCAAGAGCAUGUUGGAGAGUGAGAAACAACGCAUUCUCAAAUUACCCAAGUUGCUCGGUAAGGAAAUCGUUGGACAACCGGAAGCCGUUCAAGCGAUUGCCAAUGCUAUUCAAAUGAGCCGUGCUGGCUUGCAAAACCCCAAUCAACCUGCAUCCUUUUUGUUCUUGGGAUCAAGUGGUAGCGGUAAGACCUUAUGCGCAAAGACGUUGGCCAAGCUCUUGUUCAAUGAUGAGAAAGCAUUGGUCCGAAUUGAUUCAAGUGAAUAUAGCGAGAAGCACUCUGUUAGCCGUUUGUUCGGAUCUCCUCCUGGCUAUGUCGGUCAUGGAGAGCCAGGUGCAUUGGAAGCAGUUCGUCAACGCCCUUACAGUAUCAUCUUGGUGGACGAGAUCGAAAAAGGACAUCCGCAAACAUACCUUACGGCCUGGUUGCAAAUCUUGGAUGACGGUCGCGCAACGGAUGGUCAAGGACGCUUGAUCGAUUUCAGUCAAUCAAUCAUCAUUUUCACUUCCAAUUUAGGCUCACAGUUCAUCAAUGAUGCCGAAGAAGGUGAAGAACUGUCAGACUCAACACGUUCAUUGAUCGAAGGAACAGUCUCGUCUGCAAUGCCACCAGAAUUCCGCAAUCGUAUCUCUGCAACGGUCAUCUUCCGUCGCUUGACCCGUGACAACGUUCGUGCAAUUAUCGAUUUACGUAUUCGCGAAAUUGAAGAACGGUCUAGGAAGAACGGAAAAGAUCUCCGCUUCAACGUUUCGGACGAAGCAAAAGAAUUCUUGGCAAGCGUUGGUUAUUCACCCAGUCUUGGUGCACGUCCAUUGAUGCGUGCUAUCAAUCAAUACAUUCUCAGUCCAUUAUCUAUCCUCCUCUUACGUGGAGAGGUUUUGGACGGUGAAAAGGUGAAUAUCGUCUUUGAUCCGAUCAACAACCGUCCAAUCGUUCAAAAGAAUCAUGACAUUCCUCGCGAUGAAGAAGGCGAUGUGGAAAUGUCAGAGGAUGAAGACGACGAAGCCUACAUUGUCGAAGAACCACUUGACUAAAGAAUUGUACGUAUCCCAAACAUCUGUAUAUAUAAAACUUAUUCAUCAAAUUGUAUCAAAUGUCAUCGUAACCGUGUUCAUUUUUCCUGUAUGUAUGUGUAUUUCUAUAACUGAGCAAGAUGAGAUUGCACUAGUCUCAAGAUCAUGAAGGU